UUCAUUUCAUCAUUACUAUGUGAUGGAUAAUAUAGUGAAUUAUUGUUUUUAUAAUAAAUUAUAUCAUAGUAUGUAAACUUUUAACUUGUAUCAAAUAAUAAGUUUAUUAAUUGUUAAUUUUAUGUGUAAUUAAAUUAUUUCAAACAAUGUUUCGAUUAUUAGUGUUUUUGUUAACAUUCAUUUUAUUGAUUUGUAUGGCCACAACAUCGAUAGAAAAUAGAAUUUAUCGAUUGCCAUUAAUUAGAAGACAAUCUACUCUAGAAAAACUUUUACAAAAUCCAGACGGAAAGGUCAAAGAUAUGAAAAUUGGUAAAAUAAAACCAACAAAUGAAAACAUUACACUAUUCAAAUAUUUAGACAGUGAAUUCUAUUCAGAAGUACUAGUCGGUAAACCAGGACAAAAGUUUAAGGUAAUAUUUGAUACAACAUGGGGUGAUAUGUGGUUACCUUCAGUGUUAUGUUCUCCAAAAUUAUACCCUUUUUGUGAAAAAAAAAACUUAUACGAUUCAAGUAGGUCAUCUACUCAUGUGCCAAUUAAACCAGAACCAUUCAAUAUAAGUGGAUUAGUUGGGAACGUAACAUGCGAUACAGUUCGACUAUCUCAUUUGAAUGUUACGGAUUUAUUGUUUGCUGAAAUCAUAGAAGUUCCUAACAUAAUAGAUUUUGAAGUAAUGAAAGCAGAUGGAAUCAUUGGUCUAGGAUACAAGACAUUGGCAAAAACAACAGAAGUUCCUUUUUUUUACAAACUUAUUAAGGACAAAAAAAUUUUGAAACCAAUUUUUUCUUUGUAUAUUAAUCGAGAUCCAGGAACCACUAAAGGUGGAAUAAUAUUCUUGGGAGGGAUAGAGCCAAAACACAUUAAUGGUACAAUAACUUAUGUACCAGUUAUUCAUCAGGCUUAUUGGCAAUUUGAAAUGACACAAUUUUCUGUUCAAAUUAACAAAACUUAUUCUGAACCAUUCUGUAGCCCUUCGGUAUGUCAAACAGUAUUGGAUACUAGUAACAAUAAAAUAGGCGUUCCUGCAAAAUAUUUAUUAAAACUUAAUACACUUAUUAAAGCCAAGGAAUACAAGUACAAUCGCUACUAUGUAUCAUGUAAUACAAUAAACAAACUGCCAAAUAUUAUACUACACAUAGGAGACAGAGAUUUUAAACUUGAACCAAGGCAUUAUAUCCAAAGGAUUGAAACUUCAAAUGGUUUGGUUUGUCUAACAGCAUUUGGAGAAACUGAACUCGAUAAUGAUAGAUGGUCAUUAGGAGGAGGAUUUUUAUCUAGUGUUUACACAAUAUUUGACAUAGAAAAUAACCAAAUAGGUUUUGCUAAUUUACGAUCUGGAUAAAGAUAUUGAAAACAAAAAUUUUAAUUUUUGACUAAUUGUACAAAAAUAACUUAUAUUUUUUAAAAAAUUAACUGAAAUCAUGAAAAAGAUAAUCUAGUAAUUUUAUAUUUAUUUUGAACAAUUAAUGAUUUGAAACUUAGUUUAAAUUCAAAAAUGAUAUACUAAAAUUUGUACUCUAUUUAAUAAUUUUGAUUAAAAAAAUAAUAAAAAGAAAAUAAUUUUUGGA